GAUGGAAACCAAGUGGGUAACGGAUUGGUGGUGGCUAUAAGACCUCCCUUUCAACGCAUCAAUAACUCGUUGCGACGAACCAACUCGCAGAGAUAUAUCAGAAGGCCAGCUUCAAUGUCCUGCUCCCAUUUGCUUCCGCAAGAGUGCGAUGACCAGAACUUUGUGAAAUGUAACUAUUCGGAAGGACCUUCGGUGUGGGCCGGGUCUUUCGAAAAGCUGUUGGCUGAUCCUUUGGGACUUCACAUGUUUGCGGAAUUCCUAAAGAAAGAAUUCAGCGCAGAAAACAUCUACUUCUGGAUAGCCUGCGAACGUUUCAAAGUAUUACCCUCAGAAAAUGACAGAAGAAAUGAAGCCCAAAGAAUAUACCGUCAGCAUUUGUGCGGAGGAGCAACAGAAGCGGUUAAUGUGGACGCGCAGGCGCGUCAAAGCGUCGAGAGGAAUCUGCAUUCGGCCGAUCUGGAUUUAUUUGCGCAGGCGCAAAAACAGAUCUUCAAUUUGAUGAAGUUCGACAGUUAUCCGAGAUUCCUGCGAUCGGAUAUCUAUAGGAAGUGUUUGUCCGGGGAAGAGGACAAAAUUCAGGUAGAUGUUAGGCUUAUUCUGCAACCAAUAUCGACACCUACAAAGCUGAAGAAGUCAGUCAGUAAUGCCGAAGACAGAAGAAGGAAAUCGCUUUUGCCAUGGCACAGGAAAAACCGAUCAAAAUCCAAAGAUCGGGGAGAGAGUGAGUACAAUAAACGAGGUAGUGAUCUAAACUCCGGGGAUUUGAAGAAUACAGACCCAUCUGAGGUACAUUCCAGCGGAUCUUCCCUAACGUCAUUGGAUAUUGCUGUAUCAUCUCAGGAUCUGAUAAAAGCACAAGCUAGUCAAGAAGAGUUGUCUUCAAAUGUAGCUAGAACGGCAUUGUGUAGAGUUCUUCUGAGCAACGGAAGUACCACCGUCGUCCAAAUCAAACAAUCUGAAACCAUUCAAGGUUUAGUGACGAGAUUAUUGGAGAAAAGAGGUCUGAAGUAUUCUUCCUUUGAGGUGUAUGCUGACAAGCAUUUGAAGUGUGUUAACGUAGAAGACUCAUCAAUGACGUUGGCGGGAUGCGAAGUGACCGUCGAACAGCGAGUGGUCUUUAAACUCGACCUGCCGAAUAGGAAAAUGAUCAGCAUCAGGUCCAAAUACACAAAAAUCAUCACCGAUGUGCUAAGGCCAAGUUUGCACAAAUACCAAUACAAUCUGGACCAGAUGGUUGUUCUGAAUGGAAAUACUCCGAUAGAUUUACAUCAGCCGGUGACUACCAUAGAUGGGUUUAGGCUAAAAGUGCAGUUUAAAGAAGAUUUCAGACAAGAAAAUCCCAACGUUCCGAUCAAAACUAACAAAGUAAAGUUGGAGGAAAUCACAAACAAAGUUUAUGAAGGUAUUCUGCAAGAGAAGUGCGAAUCGCUCAGUUGCAAACUGACAAAAUCCGAUAGGGGAUCAGUCAAGAGUGAAGACUGGGGCUCAGAGCACUCAUCGACUUUCAUUGGAAAAUUUCUGAGGAGAGAUUCGGGUAUUCACGAAAGAAAAAAGAAAAUUCCGACUAGGUAUAAAGAGGAAACUAUGAACGAUCAAAGUCAAAUGAAAAAACCGCUAAUUGCCAAAUUGAAAUGUGGUGCCAACAAGUUCAAUCUGGUGCCAUCAAGUGAAAGUGAUGAACUGGUGGAAGGUUUGACAAGAGCCCAGCGUAGAAUAGAGGACCAGCGAGGCACAGAGAUCAACUUCGAAUUACCGGAUUUCCUCAAAGACAAAGAAAACGAGCACCUCCAAAAGCAGAGAAGAAGCGACUUGGACGGAAGCACGGCGAAAUUUUACCUAGGAGAAACCUCAGUACCUGCCUCGCCCGACAAACUACCCGUCAUAUCGUCAGCUAAAAACAUGAAACUUGAGCUCCAGUCGAACUACGAAAACAGGAACGUUUUGGUUGCCAAUAAAUACCAAGAUUCAAGAUACGAUAUUAAAUCAUCCCCUAGUAAGUCGGAAGGAGUCCAGCCGCCGACGUCGCCCGCUAAAAGUACAAACACUUCGGUCGAUAGGACCGAGCCGCCCCCAUUACCGCCCAAGCCCAAAGUAGUGCCCAUUAAGCCGCAGAAUUGGGGUCAAGUGAACGGUUUCUACAAGAGCAAAGAUAUUCCUUCUACUGACAGGAAACAGGCCAUGUUUCUGGAACAGUCAUCUAGCAGCUUUGUGUGA